AAGCCGGCGUCCACCAAGGGCUACACGGUGACGACGCAGGGGGCACACAACAUCACGAUGGGCAAUGCGAACCCACACCAGAUCCCGAAGUUUGACGACCCGUACAAGGAGCGGGAGUGGAUCUUGGAACACAUGGCCGGUGUGUUCAGGGUCUUCGGUAGAAGAGGCUUCACCGAGGGCUCUGCAGGCCACAUCUCCGUGAGAGAUCCUGUUGACCCAACCACAUUCUGGAUCAACCCGUUGGGGAUCCACUUCUCGCUCUUGAAGGCCUCCGACAUGGUCCGGGUCGACGAGGAGGGUAACCUUGUGGGCGGGAACACGUCGGCGCCUAUCAACGCCGCUGGGUUUGCGAUCCAUUCUGCCUUGCACAAGGCAAGACCAGACAUCAACGCAGCGUGCCACACACACUCUAAGUACGGGAAGGCGUACUCGGCGUUUGGCAAGCCGCUCGAGAUGAUAAACCAGGACGUGUGCACCUUGUACAACAACCACUGCGUAUACUCGGACUUUGGCGGCGUCGCCAUCGAGAAGGAGGAGGGCGAGGCCAUCGCCAAGGCCGCCGGCGAGUCCAACCGCUGCAUCAUCCUGCAGAACCACGGCUUGCUAACCACAGGCCGCACGGUCGACGAGGCCGGCUACCUCUACACGUUGAUGGAGACGUCCUGCGAGGUGCAGCUGGCCGCCGACGCCGCAGCCGCCAGCGGCAAGGAAAAGAGACUGAUUGGUGACGCCGAGGCCGCAUAUACCGCGUUCAUGAACGGCGACCCGGAGACCCUUUACAUGGAGUUCCAGAACGACCUAGCCUUGGAGAAGCACUACGACGACUCGUUCAUG